AACGGUCAAGAUCUAAUGCAUGGAAUCUUCUUCGUUCUUACCUACGAGGAAUCCAGGGGUCUUAAUCUACGUGUUAGAAAAGCUACCAAAAAAAGCAAAACAACCCUCGUCUCAUUUGACAAUUGUAGAAAACUCCAUUCUCAAAUUUCAAAAUCAAUCCAAUCACAUGGUUGAGUUAAGUGUACAACUUUUCCUACUUAAUAAUCGCUUAUUUCUUCCUUCAACUCCAAAACCUUCCUUAACUCAUUCACAACAAUGUCAUCACCAAUCGCAAUUCCUUCACCACCACCAACCACCACAUCUCCACCUUCCGAUCGUCUCAAAGCCGUAAAACAAUUCGACGAAACAAAAGCCGGCGUAAAAGACCUAAUCGACUCCGGUAUCAAAACAAUCCCUUCUAUCUUCAUUCAUCCACCCGAAACCCUAUCUGACCUUUUUCCAGGAUCCGGACCCGAACCGGAGAUUCCAACAAUUGAUCUUUCUAAUCUUCAAUCCUCCCGCGCCGCUGUUGUUGAUCAGAUUCAUCAUGCUGCGAGUACUGUUGGAUUCUUUCAGGUGAUUAACCAUGGUGUGGCGCCGGAAUUGUUGCGUAGUGUUAUUGGUGCUAUGAAAGCGUUUCAUGAACAGCCUGCGGAGGUUAGAGCGCAGGUGUACCGUAGGGAGAUGGGGAAGGGUGUAUCGUAUAUAUCUAACGUUGAUCUUUUCACUUCUAAAGCUGCCAGCUGGCGCGAUACGCUUCAGCUUAAGAUGGGACCGGUUGCAGCGGAUGAGAAGGAGAUUCCUGAAGUGUGCAGGAAGGAGGUGAUAGAGUGGGAUAGAGAAGUGGUGCGUGUGGGAGAUAUUUUGCUGGGUUUGUUGAGUGAAGGGUUGGGGUUAAGUGCAGAAAGGCUCAUGGAAUUGGGUUUGUCGCAAGGGAGGGUGAUGGUUGGCCACUACUACCCGUUUUGCCCUCAGCCUAAUCUUACUGUUGGACUCAAUUCCCAUGCAGAUCCGGGGGCAUUGACAGUAGUGUUGCAGGAUCAUAUUGGUGGCUUACAGGUUAGGACUCAACAGGGUUGGGUUAAUGUCAAGCCUCUUGAUGGAGCUUUGGUUAUCAACAUUGGAGAUUUACUUCAGAUAAUUUCUAAUGAGGAGUAUAAGAGUGCUGAUCAUCGAGUAUUAGCCAAUCCUGCUAACGAGCCGCGAGUCUCAAUUGCCAUUUUCCUCAACCCGGGUGACAGAGAGAAGCUCUUUGGACCUUUACCAGAGCUAACAUCAGCAGAGAAACCGGCUCUUUAUAGAGAUUUCACGCUCAACGAAUUUAUGACAAGGUUCUUCACGAAAGAGCUUGAUGGUAAAUCAUUGACAAAUUUCUUCAGACAAUGAUGUAUAUAUAACAUAACACUGGUUGCUGAUGAUAUAUAUCAAUGUAAAAAUAUCUUUGUACAAUGGUCACUGUACUGCUACUACUUAUUAUGCAAAUACAUUAUUGAAUAAAGCUGUUGCAUAAUAGAAACUCAUCUGUUCUUCCAUAA